ACCAAAUGAACCGUACUGCACAUGCGCAAAGAGGUAACUAGGAAGGAAAGGAAAUGGUUAGACGACGGCUUACGUUGGCACAGUGUGAAAAUGAUGUCGGAGUGCGACCCUACAGAGACAGAAAGCGGCUUGCCCGUGCUGGACACCAGGGAGGCAGCAGCAAUCCCCGAAUUGGACACGAACUUUCACUCCAUAGGAACUUCAAAGAUACCAUUUGACAACAACCGGAUAGGACUAGGACUUGCGGCCAACCCUGGAGUCGCCGUCCGGAUCUCGGACUCACGUGAAAGCGUCUUGACCGAGCUAGAAACGGACGGCUCCGGCGAAGAGGCGCUGUUGUUACCCUGCCUAGCAGGAGGCUCGACGUCUCCGAGGGGUGCCCGAGACAAGCGAAACCGACGGAACAGACACAGCUCGUCGUCGGAUAAAGACACCCUGGCUUCCCCAGGUACAAACAGUGGGGACUUCAACCAUUUUCCGGAAGAUCCAGAGUUUGCAGAUUUUAUCCUAAGGGCAGAACAAGCUAUUGAGAGUGGCGUUUUUCCUGAAAGGAUUUCCCAAGGAUCCAGCGGGAGCUACUUUGUGAAAGACCCAAAGGGGAAAAUCAUUGGUGUUUUUAAACCAAAAUCAGAGGAACCUUAUGGUCACCUGAACCCAAAAUGGACCAAAUACUUUCACAAGCUCUGCUGUCCGUGCUGUUUUGGUCGAGGCUGCCUGUUGCCCAACCAGGGUUACCUCUCAGAAGCUGCAGCCUCCCUGGUUGAUACCAAGCUCGGUCUUGGAGUGGUGCCCAAAACAAAGGUGGUGUACUUUGCUAGUGAGACAUUCCACUACAGCACCAUAGACAGAGCAAAGUCCAGAGGGAAGAAGUAUGCCUUAGAGAAAGUCCCGAAGGUGGGACGACGGUUUCACAGAGUGGGCCUGCCUCCUAAGGUGGGCUCGUUUCAGCUGUUCGUGGAGGGUUACCGCGAAGCCGACUACUGGCUGCGGUGCUUCGAGGCUGAACCUCUGCCGGAGAACAUCAGGAGACAGCUGCAGUCACAGUUUGAGAGACUAGUUGUGUUGGAUUAUGUUAUCAGAAACACAGAUCGAGGAAAUGACAACUGGCUGAUCAAGUAUGAGAAGCCAGGAGAGGGAGACGAAAGUGAGAAGGAUGUUGAGUGGUCCGAGAGCAGCACGGAUUCCUGCAUCAAGAUAGCAGCCAUCGACAAUGGCCUGGCCUUCCCCUUUAAACACCCAGAUGAGUGGAGAGCAUACCCCUUCCACUGGGCAUGGCUCCCUCAGGCAAAGGUGCCGUUCUCCCAGGAGACCAGAGACCUGGUCCUGUCCCGCCUCUCCGACAUGAACUUUGUCCAGGACCUCUGUGAGGACCUUUAUGAGAUGUUCAAGACGGAUAAAGGUUUUGAUAAAACUAUGUUUGAGAGACAGAUGUCUGUCAUGAGAGGACAGGUGUUGAAUUUGAUUCAGGCGCUUAAGGAUGGGAAGAGCCCCAUCCAGCUGGUGCAGAUGCCCCGUGUGGUGGUGGAGCGCAGCAGCUCAGGCGGCCAAGGCCGGGUGGUCACACUGGGCAACGCAUUCACACAAACCUUCCACUGCAAACGGCCCUUUUUUUCCUCUUGGUGAGCGAGAAACCCGAGGAGGAACGCUGAGGAGAGACUGCUGCUCUGUUCCAACAUCAGUCCUCAAUAAGGGAGGAUAAAAUGAGGGCAGAGGGGAGGUUGUCAGACUGGAAACAGUGGAAAAUGUGUCUUUGGAGAGCAGGGAGAGAAAGCAGACAUAGAUAACAGAAAAUGUAUUGAAUAAAAUGUUUUAAGGGAAGCUGAGUUGAGGCAUUUUCAUUUUAUGAAGGAGUUCAGAGAAACGUUAAAGCUGGAGAGAUUAGCAUUCCUUGAUUUCCUGUCACAAUACACUUUGGGACAUUUAGGGUGUUUGAAUAAUCAGCUUUUUUCACAGAGGGGGCUUUGUUGAUUGUUUGGAAAUCCACCUAUUUUUUCUUUAAAUCCACUCAAAGUAUCUACUGAAGUUUCACACCUGGUCUCUUAGUGGAGUAAUUGCCAAAAACAGCACUCGCAUUCCACCAACCACCACUAUAGCAUUGUAACAGUGUUGGGUUGAUGUACAGGACUGUUUGCAGGUCUCUCCAUAAAGGGAUUUUUCUGCAGUUUGGAACCUGUCCUCCCCCCCAAGUACUUGCUUUGCCUUGUAGGAAUACUUUGUGUAAUAUACAUGUGCACCUGCACAGCUGGAAGUGCUUGUGUACCCUCACUCACAUGGGUCAAACCAGCCUGAACCCACUAUUAUUUGUUUUUUUUUUAAAGCUGCAAUGUCAACUGUGUCUUUAAAUCUACGUACUGCCAAAUGUUUUGUUUCUCUUUUGAAGAAUUAUUAUGACGCCUCAAUGUAAGAAUCGUGGUGAAACUUGAAUUUAGAGGAGCGGCCUGGGUGGGGCACACGCAGGUGACAUGAAUGUAUUCUGUUUAAGGUUUACACACGGAUUCUAUCUCCGAAACAUUUCAGUACAAGAGAACACUGUCACAAAAGGACUUCUAAUAACAAUGAAUGCAUUUGUUGUUUGGCAUGCGUUUAAAUGCUGGCAGCUUUCUCUUGAACCGCGUGCAUUGGAGGAAAAACAAUUCCUCUUUGUAAAACAUACUUUAAAAAAAAAAAAAAAAAAAGACAACAUUUAGGACAAUAUUACUCUUCUUGCUCGAUGCCGUUGCGUUUUCUUAUGUAUGAAUCUUGAAAUUUUUAUUCCAGCUUGAUGAUUGUAUGAGAGUUGUAUAUUUAACAAGAAAUAAUAAAACUUUGGAAAUUAAAA